AUGAGUUGGGACCUAAAUGACAUUUCCUCUCAGGCUUAGGCUUAGUAAACCACCCUGAACCACAUUAGGCUUAGGCUUAGUAAGCCACUCAGAAGCAACUUUGAAUCGAUUCGAUUCGAGUCGAUUCGAGUCGAUUCGAUCCGAUUCGAGUCGAUUCGAGUCGAUUUGAGUCGAUUCGAGUCGAUUCGAGUCGAUUCGAUCCGAUUCGAGUCGAUUCGAGUCGAUUCGAGUCGAUUCGAUCCGAUUCGAGUCGAUUCGACUCAAAUCGACUCGAAUCGACUCGAAUCGGAUCGAAUCGACUCGAAUCGAGUCAAUUCGAUCCGAUUCGAUUCGAUUUUUUCAAAAUCAAAUUCCACUCAAUGUUUUAUUCAGCCUGAAAACUUGAAUAUUUUCCAGCAAAACCGAAAAAAAGAAAAAUAAAUAGAAAUUGCAUUGGAGCGCAAUUGCAAUAUCAACUACGAGAGAGAGUGGGGGAGCGAGAGAGUGCGAGACAAGUAAGGAAAAAUAGUCAUUUUUUUUUUGUUUUCCUGUUUUUUUGUGGCGGGUUUCGCUUUUUUGUCUCGGCAAUGAAAAAUCAUUCUGUGACGUGGAUUUUUUGGUGUGAAAUUAAAAAAACAUAUUUUUCAGAUCUGCUCGAGAAAUUCAACAGUAUUGGGAUCGUGGAUGGAAAAACUUGGAUUUUUUGGUCGAAUUCAAGUCAGUUUAUUUUGGGAAGGGAUUUUUUGUUGGGAAGGUCAGAAAAAGAGAAAAAACUUUGACUGAUCAGAACUCAGGUUAGACUUCAUAAUUUUUGAACCAUUUUUUUUUGAUUUUUAGAUAAUUUCAAGAACUCAUAACUUUGAUUUUGACUUAGGGGCUAAAUGUGACCUACGAUUCGAACCGAUUCGAGUCGAUUCGAGUCGAUUCGAACCGAUUCGAGUCGAUUCGAACCGAUUCGAGUCGAUUCGAACCGGAUUCGAGUCGAUUCGGACCGAUUCGAACCGAUUCGAGUCGAUUCGAACCGAUUCGAAAAAAAUUUUUGUUAGCUACCCGCUUGACUCUUGUUAGCUACCCGCUUGAUUCGAUCCGAUUCGAGUCGAUUCGAACCGAUUCGAACCGAUUCGAGUCGAUUCGAGUCGAUUCGAACCGAUUCGAGUCGAUUCGAACCGAUUCGAGUCGAUUCGAACCGAUUCGAGUCGAUUCGAACCGAUUCGAGUCGAUUCGAGUCGAUUCGAACUCGAUUCGAGUCGAUUCGAACCGAUUCGAACCGAUUCGAGUCGAUUCGAACCGAUUCGAAAAAAAUUUUUGUUAUGGAUGGAAAAACUUGGAUUUUUUGGUCGAAUUCAAGUCAGUUUAUUUUGGGAAGGGAUUUUUGUUGGGAAGGUCAGAAAAAGAGAAAAACUUUGACUGAUCAGAACUCAGGUUAGACUUCAUAAUUUUUGAACCAUUUUUUUUUGAUUUUUAGAUAAUUUCAAGAACUCAUAACUUUGAUUUUGACUUAGGGGCUAAAUGUGACCUACGAUUCGAACCGAUUCGAGUCGAUUCGAGUCGAUUCGAACCGAUUCGAGUCGAUUCGAACCGAUUCGAGUCGAUUCGAACCGAUUCGAGUCGAUUCGGACCGAUUCGAACCGAUUCGAGUCGAUUCGAACCGAUUCGAAAAAAAUUUUUGUUAGCUACCCGCUUGACUCUUGUUAGCUACCCGCUUGAUUCGAUCCGAUUCGAGUCGAUUCGAACCGAUUCGAACCGAUUCGAGUCGAUUCGAGUCGAUUCGAACCGAUUCGAGUCGAUUCGAACCGAUUCGAGUCGAUUCGAACCGAUUCGAGUCGAUUCGAACCGAUUCGAGUCGAUUCGAGUCGACUCGAACCGAUUCGAGUCGAUUCGAACCGAUUCGAACCGAUUCGAGUCGAUUCGAACCGAUUCGAAAAAAUUUUUGUUAGCUACCCGCUUGACUCUUGUUAGCUACCCGCUUGAUUCGAUCCGAUUCGAGUCGAUUCGAACCUAUUCGAACCGAUUCGAGUCGAUUCGAGUCGAUUCGAACCGAUUCGAGUCGAUUCGAACCGAUUCGAGUCGAUUCGAACCGAUUUGAGUCGAUUCGAACCGAUUCGAGUCGAUUCGAGUCGAUUCGAACCGAUUCGAACCGAUUCGAGUCGAUUCGAACCGAUUCGAGUCGAUUCGAGUCGAUUCGAACCGAUUCGAACCGAUUCGAGUCGAUUCGAACCGAUUCGAGUCGAUUCGAACUCGAUUCGAGUCGAUUCGAACCGAUUCGAGUCGAUUCGAACCGAUUCGAGUCGAUUCGAACCGAUUCGAGUCGAUUCGAGUCGAUUCGAACCGAUUCGAGUCGAUUCGAGUCGAUUCGAACCGAUUCGAACCGAUUCGAGUCGAUUCGAACCGAUUCGAGUCGAUUCGAACCGAUUCGAGUCGAUUCGAACCGAUUCGAGUCGAUUCGAGUCGAUUCGAACCGAUUCGAGUCGAUUCGAGUCGAUUCGAACCGAUUCGAACCGAUUCGAAUCGAUUCGAAUCGAUUCGAGUCGAUUCGAAGUCGAUUCGAACCGAUUCGAACCGAGUCGAGUCGAUUCGAACCGAUUCGAGUCGAUUCGAACCGAUUCGAGUCGAUUCGAACCGAUUCGAGUCGAUUCGAACCGAUUCGAGUCGAUUCGAACCGAUUCGAGUCGAUUCGAGUCGAUUCGAACCGAUUCGAACCGAUUCGAGUCGAUUCGAACUCGAUUCGAGUCGAUUCGAGUCGAUUCGAACCGAUUCGAACCGAUUCGAGUCGAUUCGAACCGAUUCGAACCGAUUCGAGUCGAUUCGAGUCGAUUCGAACCGAUUCGAGUCGAUUCGAACCGAUUCGAACCGAUUCGAGUCGAUUCGAACCGAUUCGAAAAAAAUUUUUGUUAGCUACCCGCUUGAUUCGAUCCGAUUCGAGUCGAUUCGAACCGAUUCGAACCGAUUCGAGUCGAUUCGAGUCGAUUCGAACCGAUUCGAGUCGAUUCGAACCGAUUCGAGUCGAUUCGAACCGAUUCGAGUCGAUUCGAGUCGAUUCGAACCGAUUCGAACCGAUUCGAAAAAUUUUUGUUAGCUACCCGCUUGAUUCGAUCCGAUUCGAGUCGAUUCGAACCGAUUCGAGUCGAUUCGAGUCGAUUCAAACCGAUUCGAGUCGAUUCGAACCGAUUCGAGUCGAUUCGAACCGAUUCGAGUCGAUUCGAACCGAUUCGAGUCGAUUCGAACCGAUUCGAGUCGAUUCGAUUCCCUUCCCUCCAUUUUUUUAA